AUGGAAUCCCCAAUCACCGUGCCCCGCAAACUGUGGGAGCCCCAGUACGAUCCAAAGAAAACAAUGGCGUACCAGUUCAUGCAACAAGUAAAUCGCAAAUACAACACCCGUCUUCAGACCUGGAGUGAUUUACAUGCCUGGUCUGUGAACCACCGCGCCGACUUCUGGGGCGAACUCUUCCAGCAGCAGCCCAUCAUCCACUCCGGCAGCUACUCCCGGGUCGUAGACGAAAAUGCCCGCAUGGAUUCGAUCCCCCGGUGGUUCGAGGGCGUCCAUGUCAACUUCGCGGAGAACAUGCUUUUCUGGCCGGGCUCCGAUCCCACAUAUCGUAAACGUGACGACGAAGUAGUCUGCGUAGAAGCACGAGAGGGCGCCACCGAGAUCCGCAAUUGUACGUGGAGGGAGCUGAGGGAGCAGGUAGGGCUGUUGUCCAAUGCUAUGCGGGCGAGAGGCGUGAGGAGGGGCGAUCGCGUUGCGAUUGUUGCGUCGAAUUCGAUCCAUACGAUGGUCGUAUUCCUGGCCGUUACAUCUCUAGGUGGCAUCUUCAGCAGCUCUUCCACCGACAUGGGGACCAAAGGGGUUCUGGACCGACUGAAACAGGUCAGACCGAAAUAUGUGUUCGUGGAUGACUGGGCGUUGUACAAUGGGAGAACGUAUGAUCUCAGGCCCAAAAUGACCGAGAUCGUGCAGGGCAUGCAAGGCGUUGGUGAAUUUGAAGGCAUCGUGGGCAUGCCAAGAGACCAGAAGAAGCCGUUGGACCUUUCCGGAGUCCAGCAUGCCGAAAAGCUGAGCCAUUUCCUGGAAGGUGCAAAAGGUGACAAGACCCCCAACUUCGAACGAAUUCCAUUUAGCGACCCUUUCUUGAUUGUCUAUUCCAGCGGAACAACGGGAAUGCCCAAAUGCAUCGUCCAUAACGUUGGCGGCGUGCUUCUGAAUUGCCGCAAAGAAGCAAACCUCCACAGAGAUGCCGCAAUAACUCCACCUGAGAAGCUAUGUACGCUACAGUACACCACCACUGGCUGGAUCAUGUACCUCUCUAGCUGCCUUGCACUCGUCAACGGCUCCCGUACCAUUCUCUACGAUGGCUCGCCCUUCCAGCCAGACCUCACCUCUUUCUUGAAGCUCGUCUCCGACCAGAAAGUCUCCGAUCUGGGCAUCUCCCCUCGCUGGAUGCAAACCCUCGCAACGGCCAAACCACCUGUCCUGCCCCGAGAAGCCGUGGAUCUGAGCCAUCUCCGUCGCGUCACCAGCACUGGAAUGGUCCUCUCCGAAGCGCAAUUCGAAUGGUUCUACGAUCAAGCAUUCCCGCCACACGUUCAACUGGACAACAUCUCCGGCGGCACGGACCUCGCAGCCUGCUUCACCAUGGCAAACGUCAUGUCGCCCGUCUAUAGCGGUGGCUGUGUCGGCCCCUGCCUGGGCAUGAGGGUAGAAGCAUUCGAUCAAUCAAUUCCAGAAGGCAAGCCGGGGCAAGCUCUCCCGCAUGGCGAAGCGGGAGAGCUGGUCUGCACAACCUCCUUCCCCACUCAACCCGUCAAAUUCUGGGACGACACGGACGGCAAGAAGUACUUCAAUUCCUACUUCGCGCGCUUCGACGGGGUCUGGACACAUGGAGAUUUCAUCUCCGUCCAUCCCACCACGGGCCAGGUCUUCCUUCUCGGUCGCGCGGAUGGCGUUCUCAAUCCGUCUGGUGUGAGAUUCGGCAGUGCGGAGAUUUACAAUGUCAUUGAUCUGCAUUUCGGCGACGAGGUGCAGGAUAGUAUCUGCGUCGGACAGAGGCGACCGCAAGAUAUGGAUGAGAGUGUCAUGUUAUUCUUGCUAAUGAAACCGGGGAAGAAAUUCACGCCAGAAUUGGCGAGGAAGGUGAGAGAGGCUAUCGGAAGGGAUUGUGGCAGGCGGUGUGUACCGAAGUAUAUCUUCGAGACGCCUGAGAUUCCGGUGAGUGGUUCUGCCCUUUUUUCUUUCUCUUGGUGUCUUUUGAGGUUAUAGAGCUUGAGCUGAUGAUAAUAAUGUUCGGUGUCUUCUUAGACGACUAUCAAUCUGAAAAAGGUGGAAUUACCCGUCAAGCAGAUUGUCUCUGGGAAGACGAUCAGGCCUUCGGAUACGUUGGCGAACAAGGAUUGCUUGGACUAUUAUUAUCAAUUCGCCAAGGUGGAAGAGCUGCUCCAGCCGAAGAGCAAACUCUAA